AUGGUCCCCCUGGCUCAGGCCCUGGCACUGCUGACAAUGACCAUGUCCACUGCGGCCAUCAAGGUGGUGCCCCUGGACAUGGCCCACAACUCCUCUGAUGACCAGUACCUCAACUGUGGCCCUGCCAUGACUGAGGCCUUGCUGGCCCUCAAUGGCUCUGAGUUCCAGGAGAACAAGGAGUUUUCCCAGGCCUGGGUGAAGGCCACGGCCGAGUGGCAGAAGCGGGGCUCCUCCUCAUCCCCUCUGUCCCCAGCCCAGGCCAUCGCCCUCAUGGCCUACACAAUGGGGGACGUGCACAAGCAGCUCAACCCGGCCGUGCGCGAGGCUGGGCGCUCCCGCCAGGAAUAACGGGACAACUUCCACUUCAAAACGCUGCAUUUCCUGCUGAUCCAGGCCCUCCAGAAGCUGAGACACCCUCAUGAGUGUCCAGAUGUGUUCCGUGGGGUGAGGACGGUCCAGUUCAAUGUGACACCUGGCGAUAAAGUCCGCUUUGGUCAAUUCACUUUUUCGUCGCUGGACAAAAUGGUGGCCCAGUGUUAUGGGACAGGCACAAUGUUUGAGGUGCACACGUGCCAUGGAGCAGACAUCCAGAAGUUCUCCUUCAAUCAAAGUGAGAAGGAGGUGCUGAUCCCGCCCUGCGAGACCUUUGAGGUCACCAAAGUCACCAGGGAAGGGAAGAAGGUGCAGAUUGUGCUUCGCUCCACUGGGAACUUCAGCAACUACAACUGCGAGUGGUUGCAAGGUGACAUCAUGGGAACAACCUGGGGGGAUGGGGACACUCAGAGAGGGUUGGGGACAAGGACACAUGGCGAGAGCCUCCCCAGGAGCUCCCCCCACCUUGGGGGGCUUCUACUGGCCACCGUGGCCAUGGCAGUGGCCAUUGGAACCCUCUAA